CACAACUAGUGGCAAUCAAUCGCGAUCCGCUUUGGAAUCGUCGCGCCUUGCAUUCACGAACAUUCCAAGCCAAUCCGGGCCAUCUUCGCGUAUUUCGCACCGUUCGUUCGCACGACACGACACACCAUCAUACCUGUGUGUGUGUGGAGGCUUUGAGUUGGUAGCGUGGGGACGCACACACAACAAACCGACAGAACCCAACCGUCAAAAGUCCCCCUCGUUGCACACCGCGCGCACCGUUUACAAGCGGUUUCGAUGUACUCGCGGUAACACCCCGGCUGGAGGAGCCUUUUUCUUCAUCGUAAUAAUUCGUGGUGUUAAACAAUAACAAAACGCGGCGCGGAAUUAGACUUAAGUCAGUUUAACUCACAUCUUAAGACUGUUGUGGAAUUUAAGUAGUGUUGCAUUUUUGGAUACUGGAUAUAAAAUAUUAAUACUCAUUAGUGUUCAGAGUUUCAUAGAGGAUCUAAGCAAAUAGGUGUGUUUGUUUCGACGAAUCCACAGUGUGCGGUGUGUACGUGUGCAUAACUAAAAAGUACGUUGUGUGGCUGUCGGUUGAAAACUCGUUUGGUACGGUGUCAACCUUGUACAUGUAUAGUGCUUCCAUCCAAAGGCUCGCAACAUUUCAAGCAUUUCAACCAGUGGCUCUCACAUUUCUACAUACUACCUACUACUAGGUGUGUUUUGUUUUAUUUAAACACAUCCAGUGCGAAUCCAAUAAGUUUGAAGAAGCAAUAAUGGCGUCCGUGAUGAAGAACAACAUCUCUUGCACCGCGCUGUACGGCGGCAGAUGAUCGAGAGUGCCAAACAUCUGCCACAGCGGCAAACGAGCGGCGCGUGCUGCAGCUACCAAAUACCGAAAUUCCGGUGCGCCAUCAACAUCCGACUUGCAGCCGACAUCCUCCCGCGUCGACGCCGGAUGUGUACUCGGGUGGUACAUGUGACGUUUCGAUAAGUUAACGAAGGGGUGCAGACGGAUAUAGGAAGAUUCCAGGAAGCAACAGUGCCAUAAUUCUCACAUCUCACCAACAAAUCUUCGAAUAAACGUGAUUUAUCAUUAGUCUUGUGGAUUUAAUCUCAGAGAGGAAGUGCUAAUCGUUUUAAGUUUUGCUCAGUGUGUGUGUGAACUUAUCAAAAUGGGAAAUAAUCCAUCGAAUUCCAAUCAUCAGCAGUUGGAGCGUGGGGGUGGCGUUGGGAAGUUUGGGGAUGUUCAUGCGCGGCGUAGUUUGCGCUCGCCGAGAAAAAUGGACCGACUACGACGUUCCUUCCGCGACUCGUUUCGGCGGCGAAAGGACCGCGUGCCCGAAAGUUCCAAACCUCAUCAAUGGCAAGAGGACGAAACGGCUGUACGGCAAGGCGCAUGCGCUUUCGCCGUCAAGUAUCUAGGAUGUGUCGAGGUGUUUGAAUCCAGAGGGAUGCAAGUGUGUGAGGAGGCUUUAAAAUUGCUCAGAGCAUCGCGAAGAAGACCUCUCCGUGCGAUGCUCCACGUGAGCGGCGAUGGUUUAAGAGUUGUCGAAGACGACACCAAGGGUUUGAUUGUAGAUCAAACGAUAGAAAAAGUCUCAUUCUGUGCGCCGGAUCGCAAUCACGAACGAGGUUUCUCUUACAUUUGUCGAGACGGCACCACUCGCCGCUGGAUGUGUCAUGGCUUCCAAGCGGUGCGAGAAUCUGGCGAACGAUUAUCGCACGCCGUCGGUUGUGCUUUCUCAGUAUGCUUAGAAAAGAAGCAGCGCAGGGAUAAAGAAUGUGGAGUGACGAUGACAUUCGACGCGAAGAACUCUACGUUUACACGUAGUGGUUCCUUCCGUCAGCCGGGACUCACCGAACGCCUGGAGCGUGCUGUUGAUGUCCCCAAGCAGAAUAUCGUCAAUCCAUUCGCCAUCGAGCGUCCACACGCUACUCCCAGUAUGCUCGAACGCCAGAAUAGUUUUCGCGGCUUCGGCCAGCUGGCAUCGAGCUCGCCAUUCAAACGGCAAAUGUCUCUACGCGUGCAGGACCUGCCCAGCAACGCGGAGCGUUUAAAUUUGUACAAAAUCGCUGCACAAAACCAGCAGAAAUCAGUCUCGCCCAUUCCGGAGAUGACUGGCGAUAGUGUCACGGCUCUCUGCCAACAACUAUCGCAAGGUUUAUCACAGCUCACGCACUCUGGCAGUGAUGACUUCAACUUCAACAGCCAGAGCAGUGUUAACCAGAAUAAUGUCAACGUUGCGGUGACCACCACCACGAUAACGAACACGUACAACAAUAUCCUCUCGCCCAUUGAACCGAUUGAACCCAUAACCAUGGCGAAUAUUGCUCCAUUGACUCUAAACAUGAGCGAAAACUCAAGCGUGUCACCUUUGAAGGCAUCUUCUCCCAAUACAAGUCUGGCGUCGAAUACCAGCCUGCCACGGCCGGAGCAAUGGCUGACAAACAUCGUGGGCUCCUCCAGUCCAAACACCAGCGUCUCAUCAACGGCAUCUUCAGCGCUGAAUCGCCGUUUAACAUUUACGUCGCAUUCACGCGCCAUGUCCCUCGACUCCACAUCGAUGACGGACCGAUUGGCGCGAGAAUCCGGCACUGAUCCUUUUGAUGCCGAGUGGGUGGCGCCCACUGUCCGGCAGGAUCCAGCAACGAAUCCAUUCCUUUCGAGUUCGACGCAACCGCAAACGAUGCAGGCGUUUCAAGUGCAGCUUUAAUUUAUUUCUGUAAAACUUGGAAACAUGAACUCAGCACUCCGAUCAUUCCAAUAAUUAAGUUCUCACGUUAAUAUGUACAACGCUAUAAUGGCAAACAAAACGCACUGCAUUCAUUCAUUUAUCCAGCGUACAUCUAGUCUGCGCAUCGUCGGUGCAGUUUGAAAUAUGUAACUAUCAUACGUAUUCCAACACAACCAGAUGUUCUAUUAUUAUUAAAUGAAAAGUGCGAGAAGAGAAUGUUAGAAAAACAACACAUGCCGUCUAAAUGUUAAUAAAAAACACACACAGUUAACAAAUCAAUGCCUGGACUGAUCGUGCAAUUUUGCAAUUUGUUAUAGAUACAAGCAUAGAGGAUAUUACACGUAAUAUAAAUUAGAUAAGAUGUGAUAGCGAUAGGCAAUGGGCGCAUUGAUUCGUUGCUAAUAGGCAACUGUUUAUUCAGCAAUGGCGGAAAUAUGGCGACACGGAACAUGAAAUGCAUUCGGGAGGAAAUUUGCUUCAAUGAGUGGAGAGUAUACUUAUUACUGUAUAUAACUAUUAACUAUUAGGGUUGGGGCUGUGUACCAUACCGAAUUGAUGAUGAUGAUGAAGAUGAACCAAAAGAUGUACGAUUUAAAUUAUGGAUUGGUUAUUGUUUACAAAUGCUGAUAUGCACAUGUGAUAGAUGUUGCUAUACAAAAAUGCAUUUAGUAUUAAGAACGUUACGACGUCUUGCGGUGAAAAUUGAGUAAUGUGCUCGCUUGAAAAUGAAAUGAAAUGUUGAAGAUAAAAGCUCAAAACACACACAAAUUUAAUUUAUUUUCAUUGAUGCUUUAUUUCUUAAAACGCACACUGUCACGGAUUAUCUUUAAGCAGAAUGUGAAUUUAUUUUAUUUCCGUCCGAUUAUAUUUAUUUCUUUAAUUUAUAUCUCAAAACACAUUUGUAAUCAAACUCACACAACAAACAGUCGUACGUUUCGGUUUGAUGUUUCCAACAAUUAGUAACGAACGACUGCGAAUUGAGAAACGAACGAAAGCCAUCACGAAUGAUAUACAAACAAUGAAUCAACAUACAUAUCGAUAUUGAAAUAAGCAAACCUCUUUUAAUUAGGCACUUUACUAAAAUGACGAACGACAACUAGUUAUGGAAAUAUGAACAUAGAUGAAUUACCAAGUUUAGAGCCACAGCAAGCCUGUAAUUUCGUGUUAUUUGCAAACUACUAUACAAAUAUAGCAAUUUUAAUAUUAUACAGACAAAAAAAAACAUGGAGAAACAAACUAUUGAUAUUUAAAUAAUAUUGAUGUAUGUUAUUAACAUUGAAUAGGAUGUAAUAAUUGCAUUAUCUAUAUCCAUAUGUACCAAUAAUAAUGCAUUAUUAAAUAAUACACGAUGUAAAUGGGCUAGGCACACAGGAAAAGAGAGUUUAACGGUUUUGACAGGCACGAAACAUCCAAAGCAAUGCAAUUGUUCAAUGCCGCUUUGAGUUUGAGUUAAUUUGUUGAUUUCGUGAAAGUGGUUGUGUUAUUUCAUAACAAUAAUUGAUUGAUGUUGAUGCCAUAGGUACAUGAGUCAGUAUUAUUCCAGUUUGGAAUAUAAAAGUGGUUUUAUUAUAAUAUUUCCAUAAUUUAAGAGUUGAUCUCUUAAGCAUGAAGCAAAUGUGGAAAUGGAAACAUGAACUUCAAACUUUAUUCAUUGUUUUUCAAGGUGUAAUUUCUUUGCGCACUGUAUCAUAGCCUUAAAUAUUAUAAACGCAAGAUUAAUGACAAUGAUUUCGUUAUGUCUGUUUAAAAAUGAAACUGUAUAAAGUAUUAAACGUGAAUAUUAAGUUUAUAAUAAUAUUUGUAAAUAAGUAUUUGUAUAAUUAGUUUAUGCAAUCGUUACUUUUAGUUUCAUUUGAAGUGAGUUUUGAUUGAAGCGGAUGAUGAGAACAUUCCGCACUGCCACAACAAUGAAAAUUGAUUCAGGUUGAAUGGAUCCAUGUACUUAACUAUUCAAUUCUACGUUGUUUUCAAUGUCGUUUCGCUCUAUUCAUAAAGAAUAAGAAAAAAAAAACGUGUAUUUGCAUUUGUAAAAAGGUAACGCAAAGAGCUAAUAUUGUCGAUAUCAAGUAAGCGUAGCUUAAAUUAUUCGAUAAUGCAUAAUGUCUGUAGUAAAGAGUACAUGCUUUUGUUUGAUUAGUACAAUAACUAGGGUGUGCUCAUUCGGAUGCAGAUCCGCGAGAAGAUGAAAGUAAUAUAUGAACUGUUGCGUUGAUGAUGUCAGGAUCAGUGAGGAUGAGGAGAAUGUGACGUGAAUGAAAUUGCAAAAAUUGAUUAGAAAAUGUAUUAUAUAUCCUCGUAAUUAAAUAAGUAUUAUCUGUUAGAAAA